AUGUGCAGCUCCGGUCGUAUCUGGUUCCUGACAGACAGAAGGAUAAAAGAUGACUACCCUCAGCAGGAGAUACUGCGCGCCCUCAAAGCUAAAUGCUGUGAGGAAGAGCUGGAAUUCAGAUACCUGCUUAUGGACGAAGUGGUCCUGACCAUUGAGCAAGGGAACCUUGGCCUGCGUGUGAAUGGAGAGUUCGUUACGUCCUACCCUCAGGUUGUGGUCGUCCGUGUGCCUACCCCCUGGGUGCAGAGCGACAGUUGACAUCACCGUCCUAAGACAUCUGGAGAAGAUGGCUGGGGGGCCGGCUAAAUGAACCGACCGCAGGCUAUCCUCAACUGUAUAAAUAAGUUUCUGGACUUUCCAGGAGUUGGCUGGCCAUGGUGUACCCCUGCCUGAUACAUUCUCCUAUGGUGGCCAUGAAAACUUUUCCAAAAUGAUCGAUGAGGCUGAAGUAUUGGAGUUUCCCAUGGUGGUGAAGAACACUCGGGGUCACAGAGGUAAAGCCGUGUUUUCUGGCUCGGGACAAGCACCAUCUGGCAGACCUGAGCCAUCUGAUUCCGUCACGAAGCACCGUAUUCUGUUCCAGAAGUAUAUACAGGAGUCUCAUGGACGGGACGUUCGAGUCAUCGUUGUGUGUGUGGCCGUGUCAUCGGCACUAUGCUGAGGUGUUCUACAGAUGGAAGAAUGCAAAGCAACUGCUCUCUAGGAGGGAUCGGAAUGAUGUGUACACUUAGCGAGCAAGGGAAGCAGCUGGCCAUCCAAGUUUCCAACAUUUUGGGAAUGGACGUGUGCGGCAUCGACCUGCUCACCAAAGAAGACGGCUCCUUUUGCGUGUGCGAGGCAAAUGCCAACGUGGGUUUCAUCGCCUUCGACAAAGCCUGCAACAUGGACGUGGCCUCCAUGGUGGCCGACUACGCCAUCUCCCUCCUGCCAAGCCGACUGACCAGACGAAUGUCCCUCCUGUCCGUCGUGUCUAGCGCCAGCGAGACCAGUGAGCCGGAGCUCCCCGGGGUGACCUCCGUCCCAGGAGUUGACGUGCCCGCUCCACUGCUUCAUCAUCAUGACGCCGGAGACAGCAUGAGCGCCAGUUCGAGCUCUGUGGACAGUGAUCCUGACACUGCCACGGAGAGGGAGCUUCUGACCAAGGGAUCCAUCUUUAACAUGAACCAGCUUCUCGCCAGUGAAAUCAAGCUUUUGGUG